GGGAAAUAUCGUGCAUGCGCAGUGCAAGUCCACCCCCUCCCCCAUACGUCGUGACGUAAUACUGAAAUGACGCUAGAGAAGAGGAAGGCUGUGAGGGCGCAUGCCUGGGAUCUCAAUGUCAGCUCUGCUUGCUCAGAGGGACAUUAUUGGCCUACAGCAUGAUGUACACUGCCUUAGGGGUUCUCAGAACUAUGAUUGGAGCGAGGAAUUCAUUAACCCGUACUAUGGGCACACUUACCGCUAAAAUGGCUGAAUAUAGAAAAAUGUGGAAGCCAAUUGAACCCAAAGACUGGACUUUACAAUAUCAAGAGAGAUGUAUCCCUUUUUCUACAAAUCAGCUUGUAGAGCUUUUAUCCCAGGAGUUCCACUCGUCAAGUAAGAUUGAAAAGCAAUCUUUCCUUUCUUUUGCGAAACAACUGGAAGACUCCCUCCUUCAGCCUUACCAUUCUCUGCUGCUGGAGCUUCAACUCCUAUAUGAUCCCAUUAACCCGGACCGUGAUGCCCUGCUGGAAACUACAGGCCUUUCAGACUCAGAGAAACUAUCCAAGGAGAAGGAAGUUCUGGAACGUUUACAGCCAAUUUUGGAUCAGGGAAAUUUCAACAUUUUAUCAGAGGAUGCCUUGGCAUAUGCUUUAAUAGUGCAUCACCCCCAAGAUGGAGUGCAGGUGCAUGUAAAUCUUGACAAAUAUGACUAUAUCCAUUACUGGGCUCUUGGACAGAGGUAUGGACCUCUUGCCUUGCAGAUGAGCCCCAAGCCUCAAGAUUCUUGGCUCUCCAGAUCUCCUCGCACCCCACCAGAAAGGCGAUACUUUAAGAGAGUCCUAAUGGCUGCUCGCCCUAAACAUUCUCAUAUGGUGUUAAAAUGUUUUAAGGACAUACCUCUGGAAGGGCUGGAGCAACUUCUUCCUGUGGUAAAGGUCCGGACUUCAAGAAUUGACCGCACUUUAAUUAACACUAUGCUUUUGGUGAGCGGAGGAAUAGUCUUUGUCAAUGUCGGAAUGGUGGUCCUUACAGACUUGAAGAUUGGAACUUUUUUCCUGCUAUUCUUGUUUGCAGGAUUUAUGACAUUUCGAGCUUGGAAGACAUUUUCUCAGAGAAGGAAGGUGCAUUCACUAGAACUGGCCCACAUGCUGUAUUACAGAAGCACAUCCAACAACUCUGAGCUUCUUGGUGCCCUCAUUCUAAGAGCUCAAGAAGAACAUGCAAAAGAAGUCAUCUUGGCGCACAGCUUUCUAAAACAGUUUAACCUACAAUGUGAUGGAGAUAAGACAGACCCCGAAACAACGCUAAAGAUCAAAAAGAAUGUUGAAUCCUGGCUACAAUCAAAAGCUGGAUUAGAGAUCACGUUCUCGGCAGAACGAGCACUUGAGAAUCUGAAGAAUUUGAAAACAAAAGAAGAAAGCACAAGAACUUCCAAAUAACAUGCAUUGAUUCACAACUGAAGACAUGUAUAUUGUAUAUUAUAAAGAUGUGUAUUUGGUAGAUCUAAAAACAAGUUACACUCCGCUCGUGUGUCUGUAUUGCACUUGAGUUGCACAGCAACAUAUCAUUACUUUAUUUUGAUCAUGAAAUGUCUGUGUAAAUAUAUUGCAUGUUUUAUAUAUAUGGGACUAUUAAGUUAUACAGUACCCCCACCACCACAUCGCCUGCUAAAUAUAUUUAUGUAUUUGUAUUGAAAAAAAAAGAUUAGGAUAAAUGACUUUUAAAAUACUGAUAUUUAUUUUAAUAAGAUGUUAAAAAAUUCUAUAAUAAUGACAUUAUUACAGGAUUGCCACAGAAAAGCAUAUAAACUUCAUUGAAUGUCUAGUUAUUUCUUCAAAUGCAUACAGAUUAAGGUUAAAGAGCUACAAAUGCUUUUAAGAAUCAUAAUAAACUACACCACUAGGAUGUGAAUAAACUCAAUAAGAGUACAGUUUGCAGUUAGUUCCCCCUAGUGGUGGCAGGAUUUUAUAACUUAAUGUCUAUACAGGAUAUUUGUAACUCUGUAUCAGAAAAGAAAAAUAGCUCCAGACACUCUGUCAAUAUAUAUAAACAAAUAAGUCUACAAAGAAUGUUGAAUUUAAAAAGGACAUGGUGAUAAAAUGUUAACAUUCACUUUAAAUCUGUCAUUAUUGUCACCCGCACUAACCUGUUGGUACAGGCUGGUACCAAUCUCUGAGCCGUGGUCCAGUUUCCCUGUUAUCUUCCUCGUUCUGGUGGCAGGCUUGAUGCAUGGACGCAGCUCCAGAAAAACGCUGACUUCACGCUGCAGCUUCCCCAAGCGGAGUAGAGUACAGAAGCAGCAGCAGAGACAUUAGCGUGCUCCUGGAGCUCCGCCUGUGCACCAAGACUGCUGCCCAAAUAAAGAAGAUAACAGCCAAGCAGGACCAUGGGUCGGGGAUAGGAAAGUAUCAUUAUCAUCAGUGUCACCCGCACUUAGGGCUGGGCGGUAUACCGGUUCAUACCGAAUACCGACAUUUUUGUGCUGCACGAUAUGAAUUUUAACUCACAAAUCCCUCCGGAAUGAAUGAAUUAGCCCAGCGCUGCGCUGUCCCCACAUCGGGGAACUAAUCAUAUGUUCUGCCCCCCAAUUAAUUAUCAGCCUAGCGCUGUCCCCUUCCUCUUGUUUGUUUCGGCCGCCGGCGUUGACACUCUAUACCAGUGGUCUUUAACCUGCGGACCUCCAGAUGUUGCAAAACUACAACUCUCAGCAUGCAUGCUGGGAGUUGUAGUUUUGCAACAUCUGGGGGUCGGCAGGUUGAAGACCACUGCUCUAUACUGUGUGGAAUCCCUAUGUACGGGCUGCAAAAAAAUAAACAAAAUAAACUUUAUCUUACCUCCCGUUGGUCAGGUACCGGCCUCAUCUGCUUCCUAGGGAAUGGAACGUCGGACAUUGAGACAACCUUUUAUAAAUAAGGUACAUUUCAGGCAUCUCUACGAGUAGAGCAGAAACAUACUAAUCAGCAAUAAGGACUAGUUGAGCUCAUCUAUAUUCUUAUUGCAUACCUAUCACUUAUUAGGCAGCUGCCGAUGUGUAUGAGAGGUUUAUAUAGCUAGAACUGUGGUGUGUACAGAUUUGCAGUCUUUUCCUUCAAUCUGAAUUAUUUCUGUAAAUGUACAUUUUCUCUCUGUAACUGUGGUGAAGGGACAGGAUCUUACUGGUGUGGGGAGGGAAAAUUAUGCUGUGACCAAUCUGCUGACUUCCCUUCCUGCUCCCCUUUCAGAAGUGUCAGACACAGAAUGAGACAGGGCAACUGUAACAUCCCUUCUACACUCCUCUGACAGUCCAAUGUUUUGUUGCUUCAGUUUUUCUGAAAAUUUGUGACUGCCAGUGGAAUGCUACAAGUUUCUGUAUCCUUUAUACCACCAAAAUGAUAUUCCCAUUCUACCUGCUUAUUUGAUUAUUGCUUAUAAAUCACCAUAAAAAUACAUUUGCUACAUAUUUUUAUUUGUAACAUGUUUUCAUAUAAUGCAGAAGCUGUAUUUACUUAGUUUAUGGUUGCUUUAAUUAAAAAAACAAAAACAGUUACAAUAAAAUUGCAAUCUUCA